AUGGCACAACCAUCAUCCCAUACUGGCACACCAAGCUCGAACUCAAGUUCAAGUGCUUCAAGCUCCUCAAUCCUCCCCGCCAACCUACCCAUCUACGCCCUCAACCUCCUCUCCAACCCACCAUCCCGACCAGACAGUGCGGCCAUCGAGACGACCAUCUCAAACCUCAACCUCCUGGAACACAUUGAAGGUGGCUAUUUCGCCGAGACAGACCGGGACCCGUUACUAGUCCCCAACCCGUUCCAACACCUCCCGGCGCUCACGAACCCGACCGCCAUCGACGACUCGCCCACCCGCCACGCCAGCACGACCAUCUACUACCUAGUCACGCCGCGCAGUCCUGUGGGCCAUUUCCACCGUAACCGCGCGCGGACCGUGCACACCCUGCACCGCGGCAGAGGGGUGUAUGUUCUGCUGCACAUGGAAAGGCGGGACGAGCGGACUGGGAAAGUACCCGUGGAGACGUUUGUCGUGGGUCACGAUCUGGCCAAGGGGGAGAGAUUGCAGUGGAUUGUUGAGGGGGGGAUUUUCAAGGCCAGUUUCCUGUUGCCUGAUGCGGAGGCAAAGGCAGAAGGCCCCGAGACAGGUAAGCAGGGGGGUUCAGUCUCGGAGGGGCUGCUGAUUAGCGAGACUGUCGUGCCGGGAUUUGAAUUUGCCGAUCAUGAUUUCUUGACGGCGGAAACGAUGCGUGAUGCCUUGACGCCGGACCAGGUGCGGGAGUUGAGGUGGUUGUUGAAGAGGGAUGAGCAGAAAAAGUUGGAUGAGGUGUGA